CCCCGCACUCGGGCUCUCGCCGCCCGCUCGCUCCCUCCGCUGCUCACGCACCUGCCGCGGCCCGACCCCCGCGGCCCGCCGCCCGCCGUUCGCCCCGCCGCGUCCCGCCCCGGCCGGAGGCCCCGGCCUGGGCCGCCGCGGGAGCUCGCGGCUGCGUCACGGCCGCCCCGCCAGCCAAGAUGGACACCGCCGAGGAAGAUAUAUGUAGAGUGUGUCGGUCGGAAGGAACCCCUGAGAAGCCUCUCUACCACCCUUGUGUCUGUACUGGCAGUAUUAAGUUUAUCCAUCAAGAAUGCUUAGUUCAAUGGCUGAAACAUAGUCGAAAAGAAUACUGUGAAUUAUGCAAGCACAGAUUUGCUUUUACACCAAUUUAUUCCCCAGAUAUGCCUUCACGGCUCCCUAUCCAAGACAUAUUUGCUGGACUGGUGACAAGUAUUGGCACCGCCAUCCGAUACUGGUUCCACUAUACACUUGUGGCCUUUGCAUGGUUGGGGGUUGUUCCUCUUACAGCAUGCCGUAUCUACAAGUGCUUGUUUACUGGCUCCGUGAGCUCACUCUUGACACUGCCACUGGACAUGCUGUCCACGGACAAUUUGUUGGCGGACUGUUUGCAGGGCUGUUUUGUGGUGACAUGCACGCUCUGUGCGUUCAUCAGUCUCGUCUGGCUGCGGGAGCAGAUCGUGCAUGGAGGAGCGCCCAUCUGGCUGGAGCACGCAGCUCCACCCUUCCAUGCUGCGGGGCAUCAUCAGAAUGAGGCUCCAGCAGGAGGAAAUGGUGCCGAGAACGUGGCUCCUGACCAGCCUGGCAACCCUGCCGCUGAGAACGCAGUGGUUGGGGAGAACCCUGAUGCUCAGGAUGACCAGGCAGACGAAGAAGAGGAGGAGAACGAGGAAGAGGAUGACGCUGGUGGGGAUGAUGUGGCCGACGCCAACAAUGGGGCCCAGGAUGAUAUGAAUUGGAAUGCUUUAGAGUGGGAUCGAGCUGCCGAAGAACUCACGUGGGAAAGAAUGCUAGGACUUGAUGGAUCUCUAGUGUUUCUGGAACAUGUCUUCUGGGUGGUGUCCUUGAAUACAUUGUUCAUUCUGGUUUUUGCAUUUUGCCCAUACCACAUUGGUCAUUUCUCCCUUGUUGGUUUGGGAUUUGAAGAACAUGUCCAAGCAUCUCACUUUGAAGGCUUAAUCACCACCAUAGUUGGGUACAUACUUUUAGCAAUAACAUUGAUCAUUUGUCAUGGUUUGGCGACUCUUGUUAAAUUUCAUCGGUCUCGCCGAUUGCUUGGAGUCUGCUAUAUUGUUGUCAAGGUCUCGUUGCUAGUGGUGGUGGAGAUUGGGGUCUUCCCUCUCAUCUGUGGCUGGUGGCUGGACAUCUGUUCCUUGGAAAUGUUUGAUGCGACCCUGAAGGAUCGAGAGCUGAGCUUUCAGUCAGCGCCGGGUACGACCAUGUUCCUGCAUUGGCUGGUGGGCAUGGUGUAUGUGUUCUACUUCGCUUCCUUCAUCCUCUUGUUAAGAGAGGUACUUCGACCUGGUGUCUUAUGGUUCUUAAGGAAUUUGAAUGACCCGGAUUUUAAUCCAGUACAAGAAAUGAUCCAUUUGCCCAUCUAUAGGCAUCUCCGGAGAUUUAUUUUGUCAGUGAUUGUUUUUGGCUCAAUUGUCCUCCUGAUGCUUUGGCUUCCUAUCCGUAUAAUCAAGACCUUGCUACCAAAUUUCCUUCCAUACAACGUCAUGCUCUAUAGUGAUGCUCCCGUAAGUGAGCUGUCGCUCGAGCUGCUCCUGCUGCAGGUGGUGUUACCAGCUCUGCUCGAACAAGGUCACACUCGCCAGUGGCUGAAGGGGCUGGUGCGCGCCUGGACCGUCACGGCUGGGUACUUGCUGGAUCUUCAUUCCUAUCUGUUGGGAGACCAAGAAGACAAUGAAAAUAACGCAAACCAGCAGGCGCACCACAACCAGCCCGCACGCAACAAUAAUGCACUUCCGGCAGUGGGUGAAGGUCUGCACGCUGCCCACCAGGCAAUCCUCCAGCAGGGAGGCCCUGUGGGCUUCCAGCCAUAUCGCCGACCCUUGCACUUUCCACUCAGGAUAUUUUUGUUGAUUGUCUUCAUGUGUGUGACCUUACUCAUCGCUAGCCUCAUCUGCCUUACUCUGCCAGCCUUUCUGUUUCCAGUGUUUGCCGGCCGUUGGCUAAUGUCCUUUUGGACGGGGACUGCCAAGAUCCAUGAACUCUAUACUGCUGCAUGUGGUCUCUACGUCUGCUGGCUGACCAUCAGGGCAGUGACUGUGUUGGUGGCCUGGAUGCCGCAGGGGCGCCGAGUCAUCUUCCAGAAGGUUAAAGAGUGGUCUCUCAUGAUCAUGAAGACUCUGAUUGUCGCGGUGCUGCUGGCUGGGGUCGUGCCUCUUCUCCUGGGCCUCCUGUUUGAGCUGGUCAUUGUUGCCCCUCUGAGGGUUCCCUUGGACCAGACCCCCCUUUUUUACCCAUGGCAGGACUGGGCGCUGGGAGUCCUGCAUGCCAAGAUCAUUGCAGCCAUUACGCUGAUGGGCCCACAGUGGUGGCUCAAGACGGUGAUCGAACAGGUUUAUGCCAAUGGCAUCCGGAACAUAGACCUUCACUAUAUUAUCCGUAAGCUGGCGGCCCCUGUGAUCUCUGUACUCCUGCUCUCCCUGUGUGUGCCAUACGUCAUCGCAUCUGGAGUCGUUCCUUUACUCGGUGUAACUGCAGAAAUGCAGAACCUGGUCCAGCGCCGGAUCUACCCGUUCCUGCUGAUGGUCGUGGUUCUGAUGGCAAUCUUGUCCUUCCAGGUCCGCCAGUUCAAGCGCCUUUAUGAGCAUAUUAAAAACGACAAGUACCUCGUGGGCCAGCGCCUUGUCAACUAUGAGCGGAAGUCAGGGAAGCAGGGCACAUCGCAACCACCACCACCGUCGUCCCAAGAAUAAAGUGCUUGUCUCAACUACCUUGACCGUCCCUUGCCUUUCCGUGUCCUUCCCCGUGGACAGAAUUCUCGCUGGAGACUUUACCAGUGAUCUCAGCAUUGUCUCAGUUACCUGUGUCUGACUGGCUGGUCUCCCCAGUGUGGCGCGAGUGGCUGCCGCAGGCCCUGCUGUCCUUCCCGCCGCCCCCGCAGACACGGCUGCGGCCUGGGAUCUGUAUAUGUGUACAUAGACGCCCGGAGAGCCUCCCUCGGAUUCAGCAACAUGCAUUGUACAUCUUGAAACAAAUGUAUAUUAAUUUAUUAAAUCUAGUUGUCACUUUA